AUGAAGAUGAUUGUCCCUGAGAAGAUUGGCUUCUACUCUGGGAUCGUAAGCUCGGUAUUCGCUUUGGCAAACCUACUAGGGCCUCUACUUGGUGGAAUCAUCGCUGAUCGAACAACUUGGAGAUGGAUAUUCUUCAUGAAUGGCCCCAUCAUCGGUGUCGCAAUAGCAAUGUUGUUCUUCUCGAUGCCUGCAUUCGACGACGGUAGAACGAAUCUGCAACGCAUACGCCAUUUGGACAUCUAUGGUGGCAUAUUGUCUGUCUGCUGGCCUAUACCUCUCAUCUACGCCCUUCAGGAAGCCGGUGUGUCGCAUGCCUGGGGCAGUGGUGUCAUCAUCGGACCACUGGUAGCUGGAGUCGCUCUCCUAGUACUCUUUGGGUUGUAUGAGUAUUGGAUAUCGUCCAGAACGCAGAAAGCCCCCAUCUUUCCCGUACAAUUUCUUCGGAAUGCACCCAUGGCGUUGACCCUGUUGAGUCAGUUUCUCUUAGGAUUCGCCUUUUACGUUGCCUUCGUCCAGCUGCCACAACGCUUUCAGGGAGUGAACUUUACAAGCGCGGAGCGUGCCGGUAUCCUUCUGCUUCCUGCUACCGUUGUGACUCCGAUUGGUGCUAUGGCGUCUGGACUAGCAGUAAAGAAGGCACCAGUUGAGAUUGUCUUGAUUGGCUCGACCGCGAUCGUAUGCGUUGGUAUUGGACUUCUUAGUAGUUUGCCGACCUACUCUCACCUGUGGCCUGGACUGUACGGUUACGAAAUUAUUACUGGUCUUGCUUUGGGUCUUGCAAGUCCGCCAUAUUUCGUGCUUGUCGCUACCUCAAUUCUAGAAAAGGACAUCGCUGUGGGUACCGGAGCGCUCAACAUGGUGCGGACGCUUGGCGGAUGUGUCGCCGUCGCCAUCUGCUCUGCAAUCCAUCGCGAGCAGUUGAACACAGGGCUGUCCAAUUUUUUGAGUCGCGAGGAAAUCAGGGAAAUGCAAAGUUCGACAUCGUUGAUUGCGCACUUACCGGAUGCGGCGAGGGAUCGUGUUGGUGUUGUCUUUGACAAUAGGCAGUUCCAAGUCAUGCUGGCGUUCACAGGACUCAAUGUCAUCGUCGCGGUCAUUUUAGCCAUCGUCAGAAAGCGAUCCGGGCUAUUCGGCCUCAUACCUGAAAGGAAAGAAGGGAAUGAGUAUGUGGAGGCUAAAAUCGACCAGAGCGGGCCCGCAUCGAGUGGAGUGCUGGCUCAAGAUACUUGUGAGAAAUAG